GACUGCAAUUAUGACACUCCUAUGCCUAUUUAAUGUAGCGGCAACUACAAAUAACAAAAUUCAUUCUUAUGUUACUAAAUGUAUAACACUUAUCAAAAUACAUUCUUUUGUUAUUAGAACUAUGUACCGAUCGUACAAUUUAGAAAACCUUCAACGGGCAGUGUCUGCUGUGAGAAGGAGACAGAUGGGAGUGAGAAGUGCUGCAACGGAGUUUAAUGUACCAAAGAGCACUCUACACGACCACGUAAAUAGAAAGGAGACUAAAGAUGUGAAACAGGAGCAGACAAAACUCUUAACGAUAGAAGAAGAGAACGCUCUGGUCCAGUUCAUUCAACAUCAAGCCAGACAGGGGUUUCCCAUGACACGCAGUAUGGUGAGGUGUUACGUGCGAGAAAUAGUGCGUAGAUCUGGCAGGGAAACUGCUAUGAAUUUAGAAUCAGGGCCAUCAGACAAGUGGUUUCGUGCCUUGAAGAAACGGCAUCCAGAGUUGUCAGAGAGAACACCUGAAUGUCUAGACAGAGCCAGAUGCCGUAUGUCUAAUCAGGAGACCAUGAAUGGGUGGUUCGAACUUUUGAGGAAUGUGUUGGAAACCAAUCAGUUAAAAGAAUCACAGGUAAUUUUCAAAAUUUUCAUACUGUAAGGUUCUUAUCAAUUAAUCUUGAGCUCAGGCG